GUGGUUUUUCCAGCAUGUGUUUGUGGUUUUGAUUCUGAAUGAAUGCAAAAUCCAAAUUACAUAUAAAAGCGUUGAGUAGCAAGUGGGUGGGAAAUUACAUCCCAAGGUAGAAGUUGUUUUGCAGUAGGCCUAUUUGCAGGAUCCAUAUUGAAACAACUAGCCUAGUCUACAUUGACAAAUCCAUCACUAUAUUGCCUGCCUGACAGAUUCUCCUUGACACCGAAGUAUCCAAGAGGAAACUUCCUGUGAGUUAGGAUAGUGGCAACCAAAUCAUCAAAUUCCUCUCUCCAAACCAAAAUAGAUGAGCUCCAAAGCAACCACUCCAACCAUCCAAAUAUCGGACUCGAAGCUCUUGCGACCCUCUGGUGCAGCAGCUAGAUGAUAUAUGGCCGACACACGGGGCUGAGCUUCUUGCUAGGGUAUAGGUGCUCGUUGUAGUAGUCGAAGACACGCUGAACAUUUCGUUUGGCGUCAUAGUAGAUGUGGGCGGCGCACACCCUCCCGUGGGUGUGGCCUAGCUCGUGAAUAGAGGCAAACACGCUGAUCAGGCGCUGGAGGAUAGCGAGCAUUAGUCCCUCUGGCAUCAUAUCGAUGUAGUACCUGGCCAUGAGCUCGUAAAGUGAAUUUCUCCACCUCCGGCAUAAUGGCGUAGAGAUAUGGCCCGUCCACGAAAUGGUGCGAGUAUAUGUGGUUGCUCAUUGAGUUGGAUGCUCAUACUUAUUUCCCGCUCCAGUGUGGCGGCAUCGUCGGGAUCCAGGUUCCGGUGAAGCCGUUUAACCAGGAAACGUUUCCUUUCACCUCCCACCAUCCUCUACGCUUUGGUCACCGUUGCACUGCCGUCCAGGCUACACCCCACUGCUUGCUUUAAUACAAAACCUUGCUUUAUCAUCUUCCUACAAGUAUAAAAAUGUAUAUACUACACUACACAUAUAAGAUUGAAUUUUGCAGGUUGGCUGAAGACUAGGUAGGUAGGUUGAGAAUAACAAGGAUCACCACAUAUAUGUAUGCCACCUAUAAAUAUAAAAGUUUUAAACAAUGCAAUGAAUCUAAAAUUAAUUAAGAUGGAUGAGGAUGACAAGGUCACAUUAGACCCCAACAUCCUUAAACGAGUUCAGUACAGACGUUCAUCCCUGAAAUGUUAUUUCUUUGAUUGGAUUUCUCUCGAACUCUACUGGUGCAAAUACUACCCAAAGCCGAUACACUCUAGGAAAGAAGAUAAUAACUCCAUACCCCGUCUCCUUGUUCACCAAGGAGUGGACGCCUUCCAGCUGAUCCAUUUCAUACCAAUCACCUCCUCCGCCUACGUCGCUCGGCUCUGGCUCUGGCUCUGGCUCUGGCUCAGCUCCUCAGUCAGGGAAAAAGACCCUGAGGGCGAGCGACGACUGAAGGCGGAUGUGUGGUUGCUAGGAAUUACUGCCUUGGAAUUGGCUUAUGGUGGCCUCAGGAUUACCAGCAGGAGAGAGCUAGAAUCAAUUGUGACAAAGUUAAAUGUGGAGGAUUAUCCACACUUAUAUAGGCGAGUUAGUAUCGUUACCAAGUCAAUGUGGGGACAAGAAUUAUGAAUUUUAACACGCCCCUCACGUGUGGGCCGGAAUGACACAUCGGUCGAUGUGGGGACAAGAAUUAUGAAUUUUAACAC